GGGUCUACAUCGAGGAGGGAAGUUGAGCUCUGUGUCGCUGGCUGCAGGUUUCCUCUGGAGCUGUCGUCGGGCCCCAUCACUGGAACCAUCCGGUUGUUCGCGGACAGCGACAGCUCUGUUGAUAUCUUCGGAAGGGGGAGGGUCGGAACCUUUCGCCCGCUCGGGAUUUAGCCCCGCCUGGAUGGCCUCCCUUCAGGGUGCAAACUGGGCCUCUCCUAACCCCUAACGCUCCGGAAGGGGGCAGUAGCCGAACCCGGACUGCAUGACAGGCUGAGCAGAACCGGUCCCGUAGGGACUGUACCAGCCGAGGCUGUGUCGGACCCCCCUUUAAACGCUUUCUCCGGGACGGAGAGACGGCCGAGGCCUGCGCCAUGGCUUCUUCCCCGGCCUCCAGCAGCUCCAAUCCGCGGAAGUUCAGCGAGAAGAUUGCCUUGCACAACCAGAAACAGGCCGAGGAGACACGGGCCUUUGAUGAGCUCAUGAGCGACCUGACAAUGUCCCGGGUGCAGUUCCAGAAGCUCCAACAGUUGCGACUUGCACAAUCCAGGGCUCAGUAUUAUGGUGGCUCUCUGCCAAACGUAAACCAGAUCAGCAGCAGCCCCAAUGAUUUCCAGCCUUCCUUUCACCCCACGGACAAUAUACGAGGCAUGCGCCACCAUGGACUUGUCGAGAGAGCUUCCCGUAACCGUCUACACUCACCUCAUCACAGACCUAUGGAGAAACACGGACGUCAAUGCGAGAGCUCUCCUUAUGGAUCCGUUUAUCUGUCUCCUCCACCUGAUAACAACUGGAGAAGGCAGCAGGUUCCAUGGAGUGAAGAAAAACGGCCAGGAUUCAGACUAUUGUCUGCUCUGAACAGAACAAAUUCUGAUUCCGCUCUUCACACAAGUGCCUCAACUAAUAAGUCCCAGGACCCAUUCAUGGGAGGGAAUCAGACUAUGCUGCGGGCUCCCAGACCUCCACAAAGGAACACAAGUUUACAGGAUGGUGAAGUUGACGGCUUUGGAGAAGUUUUUAAUUUCCCUAAUGUUGUGCCGGAGGAGAAUUUUAUGAAUGUUACCAAGCCACUGCCCAAACAACUAUGGGAAGCCAAAAAGGUCCAGUCUCUGACAUCUCGCCCAAGGUCCUGUGAAGUUCCAGGCAUCAAAGUUUUCCCAUCAUCUGACCAGAAUGCGACCCUCUCACAUUUCCAGGGGAAUCCAAAUACAGGUGGAUCACUGCCAGACCUUACAAACUUGCAUUUCCCAUCACCUCUGCCAACCCCUUUGGAUCCAGAUGAUUCGUAUGCCAACAUGAGUGUGGAGAACAGUACAAGUGGGCUCCCAGCAGCCAUGACUCAUUUGGGCAUUAGCGGAUCUCCAGGUUUGCAGAAUACCCGCAGUAAUCCUUCCAUACAAGCAACACUGAAUAAUAACCCUCUUGCUUCUCCUGUAAACAACCAUGGGCCUCCAUUAGGUUGCAACAAUCCUUCUCUUCACCCGUCUCUGCGGCUGUCCUCCCUCAGCAACCCUUCUCUCCCCACUGCUGCUCUUGGAAGUUCCCCAAGGCGCAGACACACUCCUGUUAGCCCUUUGACCCUUACGCCAAGCAGCGAGUCUAACCGAAGCAUUAGUGGACAGUUUUCACCUACAAGCCCCUUGAACAUGACUUCAAAUCCACAGCAGGGCGUUAAUAUGGACAGGAGUCCUCAUUCUCUGCCUCCUAUGGAGCCGCCUCCUCCGUAUCCUUUAUAUCAAGACCAUUCUCCACAUUCGGUUCUUCAUACACAUCAACAAAUCCAUGAAUCUCCCGAGUCCCAAAACUUCCAGCCGCCUUCACCAGUGCCCUGUCCUCCACUGGAUCUGAACUUGGCUAAUAACUCUUUAAGUGGCUUCUUUGGAGACUCUUUCUUUGAUCAGCAGCAGCCUACAAGACAGGGCAGGCAUAUGUGGCAUCAGGUUAGUGAUGAGCAAGACCAGUAUGACAUGUUUGGAAACGCCAGCAGUUCCCUUCCCAACAGCAAUGCAUUGUUUGACCCAAGUAUGAACCUGCAGUACUCUCAGGCUGCAAUGAUGGGGCUAGGAGGCAGUCAUGGAAAUCUCCAGGAUCAGUUUCAGCUGCGUGCGAACCUGUUAUAUUCCAACUGUGGGGGAAGUGUACCAAAUAUAAUCUUAACAGAUGAUACAAGUAACAGCUUAUCAAGGGAUAUUAGCAAUGCCGUGGCUGGAGUUUCGGAGAUGGGAUUUGAUGCAGACAAUGCAUUUCCUUUGGAUGAAGAUCUGAAAAUUGGACCUCUGAGUUUGGAUGGGCUGAGCAUGUUGAGUGACCCAGACAUGGUUCUGUCUGACCCUUCCAUAGAGGACAGUUUUCGUUCUGACAAGCUGUGAUCCUAAAUUUGGGCAGAGUACAGACUGCUCCCCAUUUUUUCGAGGAAAUGAAAGAAACCAAGAAGAUCGCGCAGCACAGAAUAUGUCGGUUCAACCUGACGCGUUACUUGGACGCAGAGAAUUCCUGCACUUUUUAUUAAACCGUUUUAUGUCCUCUUAAUUUUCUUUCUUUCUGGGAAUGUUUUAUUGUUGUUUGUAUGACUAACAUAUACAAGCCAGUAAUUGGUGCCUUGUAAAUUAAAAUGCAAGAUGCUCAAUGAGAUAUCCUGAGUAGUUUAAACCACAUUUCACCUUUUUUGUGGUUACUUGGCAUUGCCUUAAUUUUUAUAAUCUUAAACAUUUUCAGCUCCUUUUGAAAACAGUUAUGCUUAUUCAUUGAAAAAAAAAGUUAAGGAUUUAUUUUCAUACAGAACUGUGUUUCCUGUAGAUGUGAGUCGCAAUGUAAAAAGAACUCUUCUAUGGUAGACGUACUUACCUUUACAACAUACAAACAGCUAUGCUAUACAGACUAAAACCACUGACCUCAUUGAUUGCUUUUGGAUAAUUUAAUAAGAGUGUAUAAGUCCGUUGUGCCAUGGCCUCUAAUUGUUAACCAGGUGUACGAUAUUAACUGCUUUCAAUAUGUCCACACCUAUACAAACAAAUUACCGUGCCUUAAUACUAGUCACUUUCCUGAUUGACAGACUGUGAAUGAUCAGUUUUUUUCCCCUUUUUUUUUGUUCUUGUAGGGCUUGCUCAAGAUGCACAUUUGCUAACUAAUUUCAUGGCCUUCUUGGAAAAAUAUGCAAACCGGUAGCUUAGGUUCCCAGUCUUGUAAAAUCUGUAUUUUACAUAUGGCCUGCGAUACAGUUUAGCUACUCCUGACUUGUUAAGACAAGUUAAAGGACUGAAUAUGCGCAUUGUAAAUGCACCUGAAGGCAACUGGUGUCUUGCUACUUCUUGGGUUUUUCGUAUGUUUGACUCUCAGUGUGCAAUACCACUGCAGUUAAGUGGCUUUAAAACAUUUUUGUUUAUAGUAACCACUCAACUUUUUUUUUUCUUUUUAAACCGCUACAGGGGUCGGUAAAAUAUACAUAAACAGUAUGCUGGUGUCUGCAAGGACUAUAUAAAUCACAGUAGCGAUGUAUUUAUGAAUAGUGAUGUCCUAGGUCUGACCUAAGGCGGCAUCCUCGGUGCCCACACCAAAUCAAAUAUUUAGCUCCACUUUGCAUUUUCCUUGCAACGUGGUGGGGCUUCCCUGGGCGGAUGCCAAAAAUACAACAUUUACCUACUGGGUAUUUUUAGCAGUAGGCUAUCUCUGCCUGCCCCUGGUUAUGUACCAACUUACAUCUAGAAAUUAACAACUUCUUAAAAGCUACACUACUUGAAAAUUGGGAAAUACAAUUUUGCUUACAUGCAGAAAAGCAAUUGAGAGAGAACGAGCAAAUUAGAAAGCAAAAUGAGUAGUCCCCUGGAAGUAUGAUUAUAGCUGCCAUAACUGAUGUGACCCAAACUGCACUUUGAACAUGAUAUAAAGAUGCAAUAUUUAAAGUGUGCCUAAAAAUCCUUACAAAUCAAGAGUACCAAACUGUAGGCUAGUUUUGCAUAUUUGAUUAAUUCUGCUAAAUAUGUUUGUAAUAUUGCCUUAUCAGACUUUGGAGUUUGGAAAUGCAAAGGAUCCUUUGUUCAGGAACUUAUUGGAUACAAAUAUGGUCCAUGCAGCCCUAUGAGCUUUGAUAAAUGAGCCAUUUAUCCCUUAAUAUCAGAUAUUUAACAUCAUUGCUUAAAGGGACAGUCUUAUGUCCCUUAUGGUCUUGCCAACAAAAAUGUAUGUUAAAGUACUUUGACUACUUUAAUAUUCAUGCAA